AUGCAAUGUGAAAGGAGUGGGAGAUACAAGCCACCUAAGACGAGGAAGAAACCGAACCUUGAAGGCAUCAGCUCAAGGAAAUGUAAUUGUCCGUUUAGGUUGAAAAGUUUCUUUGAUAAGAAUACAAAUGAUUGGUGGCUUGCAAUGAUUUGUGGAAUGCACAACCAUGACUUGGAUGAAAAGUUAUCUGGACACCUUAUUGCGGAGGAGAAGAAAAAAGUUAUCGACAUGACAAAGAGCUUGACGGUGCCUCGGAAUAUUCUCACCAAUUUAAAGCAAAAUAACAAAGAAAAUGUGACAACUAUCAAACAAGUGUACAAUGUGCGAACAAGAUGGCGCAAGGGGGAAAGAGGUAACAUGACAGAGUUGCAAUACUUGAUUUCGAAGUUGGUGGAGCAUAAAUAUGUCUAUUACACAAGUUGCAAUAGUGAGGAAACUACUCUUGAAGACAUAUUUUUUGCUCAUCCGGAGUCAAUUAAAUUGCUCAACACUUUUUCGACCGUUUUGGUCAUGGACUCCACUUACAAAACAAACAACUACCAAAUGUUGUUGUUUGAGAUAGUUGGUUGCAGCUCUACAAAAAUGACGUAUUCCAUUGGUCUCACUUUUCUUCACUUUGAAUUAGAGGAUAACUUUACUUUGGCACUUACGAUGGUGAAAGGUCUUUUGUCCUCAAAAGACAACAUGCCUAAGGUGAUUGUCACCAAAAGAGAUGGUACUUUUGAUGAAUGCCGUUGGCACAUUUUUCCCUGA